UGCACAUACACACUGUGUAGCAAUCCUGUGUUACGAGGAUCUUAUCACAUUAAAUGCUGUUAUACAUGACAACUUUAAUCUGCAUGCUCCUUCACUUUUCAAUGAGCUUGUUACGUCCUAGGGUUUUGGAAUGUAUGAGGCAACAUUUGUUCCUCCAGGCAAAUCCAAGUGUCAGGCCUUGCAGGUGAUUGGCUGGCUGAAACCCUGUGGAACACCAGGAAGCAACAAGUGGACGAUUGAGGUCACCUGUGUCUAUGAAAGACUGAUGAGCUGUCAUUUGGUGUGGCCUCUUUAGACUGAGAGCGCAGUCUGGGUGUGGGAGGGCGCGGUCUGAGAAUGCCUGCUAGUUAAACGCAUGACUUCAUCUGUCAACCAUACCUGUGAUCCAGUUGUCCCAUCAGUCAACCCUUUCUUUAUGCUGGUCUACAGUCUGCUGUUUCUGGUGGGUUUACUCCUCAAUGGCUUCGUCUUAAAGUUUUACAUUUCUCAAACUCAGCAGCAGGCAUCCAGCAGCUUGAUGGUCUACCUGAAGAACCUGACAGCUGCUGACUUCCUGCUCUGCCUCUGUUUGCCACUGCGGAUAACCCACUAUGCCAGCAGCUCUGGCAUUUUGCACAGACUUCACUGUAGCUUUGGAGCUACUUCACUGUACCUCAACAUGUACACCAGCAUCCUUUUCAUGGGGUACAUCGCUGUUAACAGGUAUCUAAAGAUCGUCCAUCCUUCAGGAACUCACGUCCUGCAGACAGUACGAAGUGCCCACAUCGUCUCCAUGGUCACCUGGGUUUUUCUCCUGACUCUAACAAUCACCUACAACAUUAUGUUUUUCAUCACUCACAAACCUCUGACCUCCUACCCUGGCUACUGUGGGGACUUCUUCAGUACAUCAUUCAGUGUCCUUCAUAAAACAUUUCAAAUCAGCUGCACCAUCAUCUUCUUGUCGGUGUUCAUAUGCCUGGUCUUCUUCUACUACAGCACCUCCCGCAGGGUGUUGCAGGCACAGCAGACACAGCUGGCCUCCUCUGAGAAGCUGGUGAAGUCUCGCAGGAACAUGUUGGUGCUGGUCAGCAUCUUCUGUGUUUGUUUUGUGCCCUACCACCUGGUUCGUGUUCCCUAUGCUUUUCUGUGGAAGAGCUCUGUGGGCCGGCUAUUGUACUACCUGAAGGAGGUGGCCACCAUGGUGUCAGUUUUCAACGUCUGUCUGGACCCUCUUGUUUACUUUUUCCUCUGUAAGACUUUUCGGGCCCACGUGAGAAAGGCAUCCAGGAGAGUCAACAAUCCAAACAAACAAACCAGGAGAGUGAGAGCAGCAACAAGCCAAACCAAUGAGCUGUAAAGAAAAGAGCUCAGACAUCAAAAUGAGGCUCAACUCAACAUUUCAUGGGGUGAUGACAUCAUGAUCAUUUUUUAAUUUUCAAUAUAUUUUCAAGAAUAGAAAACAAAAUAUUUUUCACUUUGUCAUUAUGAGCUAUUUUUUCACAUUAAUUUUGAGAUGAAAAGAAAAUGAAUCAUUCUGGAAUGAGACUGUAACAUGACAAAACGUGGACCAAGUGAAGCGCUGUGAACACUCUCUGGAUGCACGGUACCUCAACAUCACUGCUUCACACAUGGCUCAUUUUUAACCUCCUUCUUUCCACCCCAUGCUAACAUGUAGCUUAAAUAAUCACAUUUUAUAUCUUGUUUACUUUCUUUCAGUUGUUUUUUUCCAAAACCUGAUAAACGAUCACCAUGUUGUUCUUUUGUGGUUGUAUGAGAGUAAAACGAGCGUUGUUCUUUGUGACCUGGAUUGUGUCGUUAAUCUGUGUCACAGACUGACUAUAUGUCAGCACUUGUAGCUACCUGCAGCAAUAAUAGCAUGUUUGCAGAUGUAAAUGUCUUAUUAUCAGUCACAUUCUCUUUAGAUACUGUAGAAAAUAAUCUAAAGAUUUUUUACUUUCGUGCUUUAUUUAUGUGUACAUCAACAACGUGACAUGUGAAGCUGAGCUGAACUGAUCAGGAGCGGAGAACUUUUAACCCUCAGUUUUUUAGACUAUAGAACACUUAGAAAUAUCAUCAAUGUCAUUAACACAGCUCCAACAUUGCAACAAACCAAACUGUUUUAAAAAUCAGGUCUCAGAUUUAUUCGACCUCAGGCUCCACAGAUAUACAAGUACUGGGAGGCACAGACAACCCUGAACAAUAUGGCUGCUGUGCUUCUGUAUGUUUUAUAGUUUUGUAUGUUUUCAUGUUGUGCAUGUAUAACACAGCAGCUACUUCCUCCUACUGUUUCCACUGAGCUAACGGCUGAGGCUACAGUGAGAUUUCUCAACACAGAGCUAAUAAUAGAGUGUGUAUAGCUGUGGGAAAGUGUGUGUCUGUCCUGUACGUUGUGGUGAAAUAUGCGUUAUCUUUGCUCUUCUGUUGAUAGUUAUGAACAAAUAUAGCUGCAGUGAUAAAA